AUGAACGAGCUGAAGUCGAAGUGGACGAGGACAGAAGAAGAAUAUUGGAGUGUGGUUCGGGCAAUCAGAGAAGGAAUAUCUUUUCCACCGGAGAAAGUAGCAGAGGUGGAAGGGCUAUGCAAAGAAGUUGAACAGAUUCUUCUAGUUCCCGGAAGAUUUCGGCAAGAGACGAUGGUUAGAUGUCGCAAUACAUCUCCCUCGGUGACAAUAGAAGAAUUAGUAGGCAAAGAAACUCUGCAGAAGGUGGGUGAGAUUGUUUGCUUUAUAAUGCAGAACAAGGAUUUUGUAAUUGGUGUUUAUGGUAUGGGCAGAGUGGGCAAGACGGCCAUUUUGAGGAAUGUCUAUAAUAGACUCCUUGAGUAUCUUGCAUUGGAUGUAUUCUGGGUUGCUGUACCUCAGGAUUUUAGUGUUUAUGCACUACAAGAAGCGAUUGCCAAUGCAGUUGGACUAGAUAAUCUUUCAAAUGAGAAGGACGUGAAAAGAAGGGUGGGCCUAUUGUGUGGACAUCUGAAGGUGAAGAGGAGACCCAUCCUUAUUUUAGAUGGCCUUUGGAUGCACUGUGAAGUUAAGGAUGUGGGUAUUCCGGUUGGAAUGGGCAGACUAGGGUUGGUAGUGACAACUCGAUCACUAGAUGUGUGUCGUAUGAUGCUCUGUCAAAAGCAAAUGAAGAUAGAACUUCUCAAUAAGGAAGAUUCUUGGAGGUUAUUUUCAAGGACACUUUGCUUUGCGGGAGAACAAUCUUGGGAAGUUGGACAAAUUGUAAGGUCUCUUCUUAAUAGGUGUUAUGGUCUGCCACUUGGGAUCAUUGAGAUUGCAACUCGCAUGAGAGGCAGAGCGAAAGAGCAUGAUUGGAGAUGCAUGUUGCAAAAUUUAGAAGACUUCAGGAUGGAGCUUGAUGUGCUCAAGAGACUGUAG